AUGCCAGGCCGACCUCGAGUAGUGCGGGUGAAGACUGACGAUGCGACGGUGGAGCCUCCGCGCCCGACGCAGCGCCGUGAGGCCGUGAGCUACGUACGCAAGCUGGAGGUAGUGGUGCAUUAUGAGACGCACAACAGUCUGGACGAGACAGUGGCGUUCUUCUUCCCGGACGCGCCGGCGUCGCAGGUGCGCGCAAAGAAGCAACUUGUUAUGCGCUGGAAGCGCGAACGCGCCAAGAUUGCUGCGAUCUGCGAGGCCGGUGGAGGCCGAAAGACCAAUGACCGCAAGUUCGGAAUGGGCGCCACGUUGUCGACUGAAGCCGAGCAACGCAUCGUCGACUGGAUGCACGCAGAACAAGCAGCCGGCCGUCCCGUGUCGGCCAAACGACUCUCAGAGCGCGCCAUGCAGGCGGCACAGGAGGACAAACUGCAUCCGGACAGCUUUAAGGCCUCGUGGACAUGGAGACAGUCAUUCCUGCGACGACACGGCUUCACACAAGGCGCACAGAGGGGGCAUACCAUACCGGACACAGAGACAACAGAAACAGAGAUGACAGGGACUACUUUGUAGGUAGAAUAGAUAGGUUGAAUGUUUAACUAAACCUGAGUGACUUGUAGCGCAA